CAGUCAUUAGCAGUCGACCCUAUUGUAACAAACUAUGCUUUAAAAUGUAAACUGUGUGGUAUUUUCCUUGCCUUGUCCAGAAGGAACUUUCUCCUGCGUGAGCCUGGAUUAAACAUGAGAGAGCUCGUCAACAUUCCUCUGGUGCAUAUUCUCACUCUGGUUGCCUUCAGCGGGACUGAGAAACUUCCCAAAGCACCUGUCAUCACCACUCCUCUUGAAACUGUGGACGCCUUAGUCGAAGAAGUGGCUACUUUCAUGUGUGCAGUGGAAUCCUACCCACAGCCUGAAAUUUCUUGGACCAGAAAUAAAAUUCUCAUUAAGCUUUUUGACACCCGGUACAGCAUUCGGGAGAAUGGGCAGCUCCUCACCAUCCUGAGUGUGGAAGACAGCGAUGAUGGCAUUUACUGCUGCAUAGCCAACAAUGGAAUCGGAGGAGCCGCUGAGAGCUGCGGAGCCCUGCAAGUGAAGAUGAAACCUAAAAUAACUCGUCCUCCAAUCAAUGUAAAAAUAAUAGAAGGAUUAAAAGCAGUUUUGCCAUGUACUACAAUGGGCAACCCCAAGCCAUCCGUCUCCUGGAUUAAAGGGGACAGUGCACUCAAAGAAAACGCCCGCAUUGCUGUUCUUGAGUCUGGGAGUUUAAGGAUUCACAACGUGCAGAAGGAGGAUGCGGGGCAGUACAGAUGUGUGGCCAAAAACAGCCUGGGAACAGCGUAUUCCAAGCUGGUGAAGCUAGAAGUUGAGGUUUUUGCCAGAAUCCUACGGGCUCCUGAAUCCCAUAAUGUCACAUUUGGCUCCUUUGUGACCCUGCGCUGUACAGCAACAGGCAUCCCUGUCCCCACCAUCAGCUGGAUUGAAAAUGGAAAUGCUGUUUCUUCUGGAUCCAUUCAAGAGAAUGUGAAAGACCGAGUGAUUGACUCAAGAUUGCAGCUGUUUAUCACCAAGCCAGGACUCUAUACCUGCAUAGCUACCAAUAAGCAUGGAGAGAAAUUUAGUACUGCAAAGGCAGCAGCCACUGUCAGCAUAUGUCAGUGGGGUAGAAGCAUAGAAAAAAGUAAGAGCUACUGCGCCCAGUACAGAGGGGAGGUGUGUGACUCUGUUCUGGCAAAAGAUGCGCUUGUGUUUUUCAACACCUCCUACACGGACCCUGAGGAGACCCAAGAGCUGUUGGUUCACACUGCCUGGAGUGAACUGAGGGCUGUGAGCCCCUUCUGCCAGCCGGCUGCAGAGGCUUGGCUGUGCAACCACGUGUUCCAAGAGUGUGGUGGCCCUGGAGCAGCGUCGGCUCCCACCCCCAUGUGCAGAGAGUACUGCUUAGCAGUAAAGGAGUUCUUCUGUGCAAAGGAGUGGCUGGAGAUGGAAGAAAAGAUCCGCAGAGGACUCUAUAGAUCUGGGAUGCAUCUGCUGUCUAUGCUAGACUGCAGCAAGCUUCCCAGCAUGCACUGGGAUCCCAUGGCCUGUACCAGACUGCCAUAUUUAGAUUAUAAAAAAGAAAACCUAACAACAUUCCCAACGAUGCCAUCCUCAAAGCCCAGUGUGGACAUUCCGCAUUUGCCCUCUUCCUCGUCUCCCUUCUCCGUCACACCCACGUACUCCAUGACCGUAAUCAUCUCCAUCAUGUCCAGCUUUGCAGUAUUUGUGCUUCUUACUAUCACUACUCUGUAUUGCUGUCGAAGAAGAAAAGAGUGGAAAAAUAAGAAGAGAGAAUCAGCAGCAGUGACCCUCACCACAUUGCCUUCUGAGCUCUUGCUAGACAGGCUCCAUCCGAAUCCCAUGUACCAGAGGAUGCCACUCCUUCUGAACCCCAAACUGCUCAGCCUGGAGUAUCCAAGGAAUAACAUUGAGUAUGUGAGAGAUAUCGGGGAAGGAGCAUUUGGAAGGGUCUUUCAAGCAAGGGCCCCAGGCUUACUUCCCUACGAACCUUUCACAAUGGUGGCAGUGAAGAUGCUCAAAGAAGAGGCCUCAGCGGACAUGCAAGCGGAUUUCCAAAGGGAGGCAGCCCUCAUGGCAGAGUUUGACAACCCUAACAUUGUGAAACUCUUAGGAGUGUGUGCCGUCGGGAAACCCAUGUGCCUGCUCUUUGAAUACAUGGCCUACGGGGACCUCAACGAGUUCCUCCGCAGCAUGUCCCCCCACGCCGUGUGCAGCCUCAGUCACAGUGACCUGUCCAUGAGGGCGCAGGUCUCCAGUCCGGGGCCGCCACCCCUCUCCUGUGCCGAGCAGCUGUGCAUUGCCAGGCAGGUGGCAGCGGGCAUGGCUUAUCUCUCCGAGCGCAAGUUUGUCCACCGAGAUUUAGCCACCAGGAACUGCUUGGUCGGUGAGAACAUGGUGGUGAAAAUUGCAGACUUUGGCCUUUCCAGGAAUAUCUACUCAGCAGACUACUACAAAGCGAAUGAAAACGACGCUAUCCCGAUCCGCUGGAUGCCACCCGAGUCCAUUUUCUACAACCGCUACACCACAGAAUCUGACGUGUGGGCUUACGGUGUGGUGCUCUGGGAGAUCUUCUCCUAUGGCCUGCAGCCCUACUACGGAAUGGCCCACGAGGAGGUCAUUUACUACGUACGAGACGGCAACAUCCUCUCCUGCCCUGAGAACUGCCCCUUGGAGCUCUACAACCUGAUGCGUCUGUGCUGGAGCAAGCUGCCAGCAGACAGGCCCAGCUUCCCCAGCAUCCACCGGAUUCUGGAGCGCAUGUGUGAGCGGGCGGAGGGCACUGUGGCCGUCUAAGGUUGGCAGUGUUCCGACAGAACGUUACAGUCGCCUCUCGGGCUCUGCGAGUCAGAGGAAUCCUACACCAGAGGCCCAGCCAGAACCAGAUAGGAAAGAAUAACAGCACACAUCAGUAGCCCAUUGUUAGCUUCCCCGGGAAAACAAAGACAGCGCAGAUUCCAAGCGGCAGAGCUACCCUGAAAUUGGCCAUUGGAAACAUGGGCUAGGAAAUGGGUCAGAUAACGGGAGAUAACGCUUCUUUCUCGUGGGGAAACUUUGUAACACACCUUGUAUAGGAAGGGAUGUCAUCUGGUUCAGUUCCUGAAUUAGCUGGCAGGAGAGAAACUCCGUCGCAUUAAAUUUUAAUAUGAGCUGGGAUGCAGAGGUUCAUCUUUAGUAGAAGUAACUCCUGCACAUUGUAAAAGCGACGUGCCUUCAUGUAGGGCGUCUAAGUACAGUACAGAAAACUGAAAAUGAGAAGCACUUCUUCACUAGCCAAAGACAGGCCCGGUGCUCAUUGUUCUGUGAAUUUCUUUCUUGCAUUUAACACAUGAUUUUCUACCUGUUUGUACUCUAGAGUUGUGGUUAUGCUGUAUUGAUAAUGGGUUUCUAAGGA